AUGGACUCUUCAAAUCCCAUCCCCGUCAAAACACAACUAAAGCGUGACCCCUCGACGCAACUCGACAUCAUCGUCGUCGGCGCAGGCCUAGGGGGCGUCGGGGCCGCCAUCGCACUCCUCCUUGCUGGACACAAAGUGACGGUCCUGGAGGCGGCGGCCGAGAUAGGCGAGGUGGGCGCGGGUAUUCAACUUCUACCCAACAGCUCCCGGGUCGUACAAUCCUGGGGCCUGCGCGAGCGUCUCGAGCAACACGCCACCAAACCGUCUCGGAUCAACAUUUUGGGAUGGAAAGGCAACACUAUCUCGUCCAUGGACUUUGCGGAGAGCGCGCGUCCCUACCCAGGCACGUUCUACUGGGACUUUCACCGCGCAAAUCUCCACAAGGUCCUGCUUGAGCGUGCCGUCGAACUCGGCGCUGAGAUCAAAGUGCAAUCGCGGGUUGUGGACGUGAGGAUAUCAUCACCGUUGUCGUCGUCGUCGUCGUCAUCCGCCUCUUUCUCAUCCUCCGACAACCACGAUAAUAACGACGAGCCCGAAACAGCAACAGUGGUCCUGGCGUCCGGCGCCGAAUACGUGGCCGAUCUCGUGGUGGGCGCGGACGGAAUCAAUUCUCGCCUCCGAGAAAUCCUCCUGUCACGAUCUGACCCGCCGACGCCCACGGGUGACUUAGCCUACAGACUUCUCAUCCCGACCGAGCACAUGCUCAGCGACCCGGAGUUGCGACCCUUCGUCACAGACCCUCAGGUGAAUUACUGGCUCGGCCCGGACGCCCACGCGGUCAACUAUAUCCUACGCGGGGGGAAACUGUUGAACAUGGUCCUCCUGGUGCCGGACGACAUGCCCGUCGGCAGCGCCAACACACUCGAAGGCGACGUGGAGGAGAUGCGUGCGUUGUUUAAAGAUUGGGAUCCCAGAAUACCAAAACUCCUAUCCCUGUGCGAAUCAGUGUACAAGUGGCGUCUCCAGAUCCGCGUCAACGACGUCGACCCCUGGUCGCACCCGUCCGGGGCGUUCACGAUGCUGGGCGACGCGGUGCACGCGACGCUGCCCUACCUCGCGUCGGGGGCGGGCAUGUGUCUCGAAGACGCCGCGGUGCUGGGGGAGUUGUUCUCGCGGGCGCCGAACCCGAAAAGGUCGCGCGCGCUGAAGAAGCAGCUGCUCGACAUCUACGAAAAGUGCCGCAAGGACAGGACGGCCAUGAUUGUCAAGCGCGGGAACCUGCAGCAACACCUGUACCACUUACACGACGGGCCGGAGCAAGAGGAGCGCGACAGGCGGAUGGUGGCCAUGGAGGAAGGCGAGGCUCUGGCCUGGAGAGACUCGGGGCUCGCGCCGAAGUUGCUAGGAUAUCAAGUCGAGAAGGAUGUGAGUGCCGUUAUCCCCCACAAGGACGAUAUUCCCAUACUGCACUUCCCUGCACCGCCUUACGACGCCCCUACACCAUCACCACUCUCCCCCCUCCCCAGCCCGCCCGCUUUGCCCUGCCUUGUCUUGUUACCGCACGGUUUUUGGUAUUACCCCGAAGUUAUCGCCACCUUCAAUUCAAUGCUCAUUGGAACUGACUUGCUCGUCUCUCGAUUUCCCCAGGUUGACCAGUACUGGCCUCCUCCUUGCCUUCGGGACCAACAAGAGAGUGGAUUUGUCCAGAGUCGAUUAUAG